AUGGCGGCCUUUCUCACUCGCAUCAACCGCGGUCUCACGGGCGGUGGUAAAGACAAGUUGGACAAGGAAAAGGAUGCUCCCAAGGAAAAGAUACCCCAGCUGCCUCCCCUCCCCGACUGGCCGCCACAACGCGUAACAUCCACUCCGACUUCAUUUCACUCAUCCAAGCCCCUGCCAGACAUCUCAGCGCGUCCAUUACCCCCCAUCGGCGAGCCUUCAUCAUCCACGGACUCUUCCCUCACAACCACACCCAACGCCCCCAAUCCCUCCCUCCCUCGCCUCGACACCAAGGAGAAUCUGCCUACCACCGCUGCUGCAGCUUCUUCUGGCUCUCGCGACGCUCGCCCUCCACGUCAAGAAGGCUCGACUGAUUCCACAGGUCGCAGCUCUCGCAAAACUGCGAAUGGGACGACUCACUCCGACGCGCAGAAGAAGGUUGCUUUUUUAUCACCUCCACCGACCCCUGCACCUCUACAAGAUCGCGGCCUUCCUGACGCGAGCACACCAACACCUACCAAUGGCGCUGUGAAGUCGACCGUCUCGCGUUUUCACGCCGCUCAUGGCAAAGACACGCGAGGAUCGACGUCCACUGCGGCGUCGUCUCGGACCGAUGUUGCUUCGACCCUCAAGUCGAACAAGGCGGCUUCAACGCGGACUGCUACCUCCCCGUACCCCAACAAGGGCUACGAGCCUUCGCUACAUCAGUCCCUUCGCUCAAACACCCCGUACUCUCAGAUGAGCAACGCCAGCAGUCGUAUACUGGCGGCGCAGUCGUGGAGUGAGGGGGCGGAGGAGGACCUUGUGUCGAACCUUGGUCAGCGAGAGCGGACACGACAGGAGGUGUUGUGGGAGAUUGUUGCCAGUGAGGAACGGUGCGUGUCGGCAACUGUCUACAGCUAUGUUGCCGAGCUGCUGAAGAUGAAGGAGACGUUUAUUGAACCUCUCCUCCAUCCCUAUAUCGUCUCCCCAGUAUCAUCCCCCAUCCCUCUAGACAUCUACGAAGACCUCGGGCGAGCCGAAACUCCCCGAGAAUCAUUAGAGCAUCUUCCCAUUGCCGCUCGUUUCCUUUCCUCCCCAACAGGCGACCGCUCUGACUCACCGGUACCUGUGGCGAAUGCCUCUCCUCGAAAAGAUGACCACCAUCCAAACAUCGACGGUGAGUCGAUGGAUUCCGCUGAGGAGGAUGAGGCAGACGACCGAAUGGGUGCCACCUUCAACUCUGGCAAGAAGAAGACGGUUACUAUGUCAGUUGCUGCAAAGCACAACCACCCGCGGUCUCCUUACGGAAGCACUGCGACCCGGUCGGGCAACAAGUUCGGCACAUCCCUUCCGUUCCCUUCACGAUCGCACCAGUCACUUCCCCCGCCCCCUCGUGCGAACGCCAUGGCGUCCUCUACACAGUCCCUCGGGCGGCAAUCGUUCAUUGCCGAAAGGGAACGAGACUACGAUCAUGCACCCUCCAUGAAGACCAAUGGUACAGGUACCACGCGUGUACUUCGCAAAUUCAAGAAGAGCAGCACAGGUCCGGAAGGUAUUAUCCCUGGAGCUGUCCCCCCCGCUCAGCUGCCCGAGGAUCUCCGGAAGUGUCUUGAAGUCGUUGAGUCCGCACUUUUGGACGGCCACAUCCGUCUGAGCGAGGGGCUGCGUAAGAGGUACGAGGAUCAAUAUCCGCUGGUAAGGUCCUUGGCAGAUGUGUUUGUCACGAACUCGCACAUAUUGCACGGCUACGCCACCUUCGUUCUUCACCUGGAGCUACUCCAAAGGCUCGAAAUCAACGCGUCGGAGAAGGGCGAAACUGGCUUGGCAAUCUCCUUGUCAAAGCCAUUCCAGCGGUUGCUCAAGUACCCGCUCCUCUUCCAGAACCUCCUGUACCACACCGAUCCCAGCACUUUCGAGUACGAGAGUACUCUGCAGAUGGUCGCGGAGGUGGAAACGAUCGUCCGGAGCAUCGAGGACGAGAAGAUCCAGAAAGAGGAGCGCGACAAGACUCGCGAUGUCUUCGCACGUAUCGAGGGCCUCGACAAGGUCAAGCAGCUGAUGGUUCCUAAGCCCUCUCGUGUACUUGUCGAGGAGAGGCAGCUUCUGGGCAUUCACACUCCCGAAAGCAAGUCGUCAUCGCCACCUCUCGCAUCACAGAAUCCUAAGAACGUCAAGGGCAAGACCUCGUUCAAGCGGUUAAGCGAUGUUCUUCAAGGAAACGGCGGCAUAGGCGGCAAGAAGGACUUGUGGCUUGUCGUGUUCAACGAUGUGGUCCUUCGGUGUCAGCGCACUGGAACCACUUCACUGCCACUGGUCGCUGGCUCGAACACACGCACGAAUUCUUUGCCUGAGCUGCAGGGCAAAGCGAAGUACGCGUCUAGUGGUAGGAGAGGCUCACAUACCAAGCCACGGAACAUGUACAAGUUCCUCAAGAUCGAGACCUGGGAUAUUGGCGACGUUGUACAACCUCGAGAAGGCGUCGUUUCCAUGGAGGAUGUGGUCAAGUCAAGACAGCAGGUGCAUUCAGGGGCUCAGCCUCGUAUUGUACCGAUGCCCGACGACGACGACGAGGCCGCAGGAGACUCGGACGACUCUGAUCGCAAGAGCAAGAUGAGUUUCUCGUACUGGGGCGCAGACAAGGUUACGCUCCAAAAGCCAACAGUAAAGCCCAAGCCCCCGGUAUCCAAUGGUCCCCGUCGUACCACGACGCCUACAACCGCGUACGCUCGCGAGUCCUCUGCCAAUGCGAAGUUCGGAACACGCCUUGUAGCUAACGAGCAAAUUCAUGUCCCUCGUCCCGCAAGUCGCAGAACAACUGCUACGCCAACGAACCGCAAGGUUACGCCUCACUCGGACGAAGGCCACUCGGUGAAGGUCACCAUCACUCGUGAUCGACCGACGUGGGACUCAAGCACGCGCGCGGCCAUCCCAAUGCCCAAGCGUACCCGCAACGUCUCCCAAACCAGCGCCGCGACGCGUGUCACAACCACGCCAGCGACCAACAAGGCCCUUGCCUCCCCCGCCCCAUCAGAAGAUUCGGGCAUCGGCUUCAUCAGGAACAUGGUGAACCAAGAUCCUUCUUUGCACCGCCUCAUCCCAUAG